CCUGCCAUUGGCUGCGGACGGCGCUGUUGUUGUUAUUGCUGUUAGCGCUGUAAACAGGAGCGGCGCGGUGUCGCCGGUCAGCGCCGGGCGCCUCUCAUCGCCUCACACCAGCGCACACCUCUCACUCGCCGUCUCUUUUCACCUCUUCGUGUCACUUCUUGUCCCCCGUCACUUGCCGGAGCUCGCUCGCUCACUCGCUCCCUGCGCGGGCCAUGUCCCUGCGUGGCGGCCGCUGUCUGCCCGGGCUGGCGGCCGUGUCCCCGCUGCCCUCCCCGGGCACGGCCCCGCUGGCGCUGGACACGGCUGAGGGCCCGGACAGGCCCCGGGACACCCCGAGCAGGGGGCACGGGGGGCCGCCCCUGCCGCGGCUGUGGCACUCAGUGUCCUCGGAGCCGCUGGCCUCGGACUGCCCCCGGGACUCGGGCAUCUCGGAUGCAGCAGGAUCGGGGCAGGGCUCCCACACGCGGCAGAGCCUCGCAGCGGUUCAGGAAGACUUCCAGAAAACCAUCGCGGAGUUUGGGAGAGCUCUCAAAGGCAGGAAGUUCCCUCGCCAGAGGAUCGGCUCCUUGCCGGUGAGUGCGGGAGGCUGUGCAGGAUCCUGCCGAGUCUCCGGCCGUGCCGAGACGGUGAGAAUGGAGCCAAGAGAGGGGACAAGGCUGUGCAGCACUGUUCACCCCCUGGCUAUCCCGCAGCAGUGCCAGCUGGAAGCCAGCCCGGUCCUUCAGGACAUCUCCCAGCUCCAGGUGUGCAGGGACAUAGUGCGGCAGCGCCAGAGUGAGCCCGACGAUGAGGAGGGCUUUGUCCCCAAGAAGCUGCAGAGGUUGGGCCAGCGGAGCCACGGGGCUGCCAGGAGGGACCUCCUCGCCAAGAGCCCAUGCGGCACACCAGAGCUGCUGUUCCCCCAGCUGCUGCCGUGGCAGAGUGAUGCCACCGUGCCCCAGGGGAUGGAGAAGCCGGUGACCACGCCAGUGAUAAAGAAGGUACGUGGCCACCUUUGGCAGUGGAUGGAGCCCCACAGUCCCCUCGUGGGGUCUCCGAAGGGGGGUCUGGGGCCGAAGGUCCCUGGGGCGGGGGCAGGUUGGCGAGCAGCAGCAGCCCUGGAGUCGGCGGCUUGCCAGACCCACGGGCAGCAGCGCGGCCUCUCCCCACAGCGUCCGGGCAAGCGCGGCCAGGGCCGGCAGCUCUUCCGCUCGCCCUGGGUGCCCGACGGUGUCCCCGGGUCCGUCCCGAAGCGGGGACUUCCCUCGGACAGGGACAGCCCUGCCAGUGCCAGGCGGCAGAGGAGGGUGGCCGGCAGCCCUGAGCAGAAGCCAUCGCUGCAGCCGGGAGUGUGGCCGGAGCCUUGCAGGUCUGCCCAGCUGGAGGAGAUCGAGAACCUGCUGGCCAACGAUGACCAGGAGCUCAUUGGGGACUUCUCCAAGCCUCACGUCCUGCCGACGGUGGAGGGGAAGGACCCGGGCCUGAAGUACAUCUCCCCUGGCACGCUGGAGAAGGUGCUGUCGGGGCACUACAGCAGCUUCAUCGAGAGCAGCAUCGUCGUGGACUGCCGGUACCCCUACGAGUACGAGGGCGGCCACGUCAAGGGCGCUGUCAACCUGCCGCUGCAGCAGGACGUGGAGAAAUUCCUGCUGGAGCGUCCCCUCGUGCCCCAGGACAUCGGCAAGAGGGUGAUCAUCAUCUUCCACUGCGAGUUCUCUGUUGAGCGGGGGCCCAGAAUGUGCAAAUUCCUGCGGGAGAAGGAUCGCUCCUGCCACGAGUACCCGCAGCUGCACUACCCCGAGCUCUACGUCCUGAAGGGGGGGUACCGCGAGUUCUUCUUCCAGUUCCCGGGCCACUGCGAGCCCCGGGACUAUCGGCCCAUGGAGCACCCCGCGUUCAGGGAGGAGCUGCGCAAGUUCCGCGGGCAGAGGCGGCGCGGCCGGCGGGCGCUCUCCAUCCGCGGGCGGGACCUGUGAGUCCCCGCAGCCCCUCGGGGGAACGAUGGAGCUGGGAUUGCAGGAAGGAUUCCCUUGGCUAGGGAUGCACCUCGGCUUGGGCUGGUUUAUCGGACGGCUUUGGGGUGAUAUGUAGUGUUAGGACUGGAUCUGAGUUUGUUUAUUGCUAUAAAUAUUUUUUUCUAUUGUUUUAAAUAUUUUUGUGUUCAUCGUUAUGAAUUUUUGGUUGUUGUAUAAUUAUUUGUUUGUUUAUUGUUCUAAAUAUUUCUGUGUUGUUAUAAAUAUUUUUGUGAUUAUUGUUAUAAAUAUUUUUGUGUGUUUAUUGUUAUAAAUAUUUUUGUGUUUGUUGCUAUGAAAUUUUGGUUAUUGGUAUAUUUUGGUUAUUUGGUAUAUUGGUAUAUUUGGUUAUGGGUAUAUUUGUUUGUUUGUUUGUUUGUUGCUUAUAAAUAUUUCUGUCUUAACUGUUGUGAAUAUUUUUGUGUUUGUCUCUUGUUAGGGCUGUUUGUUCCAGUCUCUGUCAAUAAACUCCUGUUGCAGGAGAA